AUGGCGCCCAUGGACACCCAUCACCGCCCCAUCGCCACCUUCGACAACAAGGAGCAUCCGGGAACGACCCCGAAUGAGGGUGGUCACAGGAGUGUGGGCACGGUCAUCAAGGAUACGUUUACUUCAGCUCCUUGGUCAGACCACCAUGACAAGACGUUGGAGGCACUGACUCACGCCAAGGUGGCGCACACCAAGGCGAUGCAGGCGCAAUCCAGCUUGAUGGCGGCAUCUGAGUCGAAGAACAAGGCCGACCUGGCCCAGCGCCAUGCUGAAGACAUGGAGCGUGAGUUGGAGCAGCACCACCAGGGGACGACCGACAUCAACCCCAUUAAGAAGAGCUACGAGGAUGCCAAGCUCGCCCUUGCCGAGCACACAAAGACCCACGACCACCACUCCAGGCUCGCACGUGAGGCGGAAGAGGCGCUAGCUGCAAAAGAGCUGGAGACGAAGCAGAUGGCGCCCCAGCGGGAGCAGCACUCCAAGGCCCUGGGACCCCUGCAGUCCGACCACGCAGCCGUCCACAAGAUGCUGGGUGAGGGCGAGCGGAGGCGCGAGGCACUGCUGAGGGAGCUGCAGGAGCUGGACGCACACCUCGGGCCCCUCAGAACGAGGGAGGCGGACCUGGGCAAGAGGGUGGAGGAGCACCACAGGGUGGGCGCGGAGCACGAGAGGCGCAUGGCGGCACUGGCCGAGGAGACGCGGCUGCUGCGCACCCAGGCCGAGGAAUCCCGCCGGGGCCUGGAGCCCCAUGCCACGAAGCUGAAGUCCGCGCACGCGCUGGUGGCGACGAGGGAGAGCGACUAUGCCAAGGCCAAGAGGGCGCACGAGGCUGCCAGUGAGCGCCUGCCCCUGCUGGAGAAGCAGGUGCAGGAGUCCAGGCGCGAGGCCAGGGAGGCCGCUGCCCUCUCAGAGAAGCACGCCAGCGCGUUUGAGAAGCUGAAGCGGGAGGCCGAGGCUGAGGACGCCACAAAGGCGCACCUGUGGGAGGAGGCGCGCAAGACGGGCCACCUGGAGGGUGAUGGAGCGUCCAAGCAGGAGCUGCACAAGCUGGCAGACCGCUUCCACACCGUGCUCAAGAACCCCAUCGACACAACCACCCUCCGCGGAGACGGCAUCACCGCCGAGAUCCACCAGGCAGCCGCCAAGAUCACCGGCAAGGACACUGCUGCCGAUGGUGCUGCCCAUGAUACCGUCGCCCCCAAGACCCCUGAAAGGGUGGGCCACACAGAGGGAGUGCGCGCUGCGCCGAUGGCAGCACCAUACAACGGCGCCACGGACGAAGUGCCGAACGGCUCCCCUCUGCCCAAGCCAUAUGAGAGCACCACUGCUGCAGAGCCAAGGACCACCACCGCAGCCGCACCCAAGGCUGGCAGGGUUUUGACUCCGCCGCACACCGGCACCACUGGUUUCCGCGAGGAGUGA